GCCGACGCGGAUGUUUCUCCUCGGGACACCUUCCUGAGUUUCAUCUCAAAGCUAGAUUGUCACCCGCGCGUCCCUUUACAGCUAAUCCUGUCUUCUUUUGUCAAUGUAGGGCCUCGAUUGUGCCAUGCACAGAAUGGCAUUGUCCUUUUACCUUAUGGGCGUCUAACCACGUAUUCCCCGUCGCCUCGUUCCGUUUUCUUUCAGUCGGUGGUCUUUCUGCCACUUUAUUCUCUCUCUUUCUCUCUACGAUGUCGUCCACUACGGUGCAGAAUAUCUUCGGUGCCCCCGGCGAUGCGCCGCUUCGCGUCAUUGCUCAACACGGCAGUCAACUUACGCCGCAGCUCGUCCGGACAUUUUUGGCCACGGCUACCGAUGGCAUAAUCGGAAUUGCUCCUUACUACGGUUCUGCGUCGGGACUGUCCACCUUGGCCUUAUCUUCGAAGACGGACGUUCUCCUCGUGUACAUCGGGAAGAAGCGGUCGAGUCGAGAAAGACACAAGAGCUCCAUCCAGAGCGGGCCCCUUGCCGAGGUGUUUCUUUCCACAGCACACGAAAAGGCGGCGCUGCAGAUGGAUGUGUUGGCCACUGCGCUUUAUCUGGAUCUGGGCAUGCGCAUCGUGGGUGGCCUCGAUCUGCUCAGCAUUUCUGUCAAGGAUGAUCGGCAUUCAAACGAAGCACUCAUUUCUUCUGUGGGACACGGCCUGAAGAAAGACGCCCUCAUUUCUGUUUGCUCUCGAAAAGACACCGAGAGGCCACUGGCUGAUAGACUGGCUCUCCAAGCUUGGGUGGCUUGGCGCGCUGUGGCACGUUUAUCAAACGCGAAGUCGUUCUCGGCUCAGCAGCGUAUCGACUCCACGCUCAUGUCUGAAAUCCACCUGGCGGCAUUAUCCAAAAUCGUGCGCGAUGCUUGCUGUCUGGACGCGCUGAAGCCGGAUGUGACUCGGAACGAAGUAACUCAGAAAUUCACCUUUAAGCAAGGCGAAUUGCAAGGAACUUCAUCUCGCUUCAAGACCCGAGUUCAAGGCCGAAAUACUGCGUUACUUAUCACAGGAUUCGACAAAGAAGGGAAAGAGAUCCGUGCGGCGACGGGAAGAGUGAAUGAUAUCCGAGGGCGGGCCUUCAAAGUCCAGCUCAAAGGGAACGACCUGCUCCACGCGAAACGGAUUCGAGUACGCACGCUUGGCAAGGUUCCAUCGACUGGCGCAGAGGUUCAACGAGAAGCUGCCAUUCUUUCGGCUUUGAAAGGAGCCUCCGACCUCACUAGCAAGCCGUUUUUCCAGAUGAUCUGGUCGGCGAAAGACAGCUUUGAAGUGCGCUCAAAGCAAGCGGGCUCUCUUAAGAAACCGACCACCGCGAUCCCGAUCAAGUUUUCCCGUCCGCUGAAUCCUUCUCAGCAGCGUGCAGUUGAAGAGAUCCUCUCGCCCCAGCCUGUGACGCUGAUUCAGGGACCACCGGGAACCGGGAAGACAACUGUCAUCGCGGCGGUUGUCACGAGUAUCAGCAGCGCCGCCUGUGGCAGGUCUCUGUGGCUUGUCGCACAGAGUAAUGUCGCAGUGAAGAACAUCGCUGAAAAGUUGGCUUCUGUGGGGCACCUCGAUUUCAAGAUCAUCGUGUCGAAGGAAUUUCACUUCGACUGGCACGAACACCUCUACGAGAAAAUUGCACCGAAUGUCAUCAGAAGUGACGAGAUUUCACAGGACAUCGUAGCAGUCGAACGAAUGCUUCUGGGAACCAAAACCAUUCUGUGUACAAUCAGCAUGCUGACUAGCGAUCGUCUUUCCAACGUCUAUCGCAUAGUUCCGGUGAACACUGUCAUCGUGGACGAAGCUAGUCAGGUUCGGGACCAUCCUACUGGCAUUCAUGUUCUCACCCUUGUCAAGAUUGAGAUUGGCAACUAUGUUCCUCUGGUCCAUUCUCUCUCCCGGUCUCUGACCAAACUGGUUUUCAUUGGGGAUGAUAAACAGCUUCCGCCCUACGGUCACAGUGACAUUCCGUCGCUUCAGAGUGUCUAUGAGCUGAAGCAUUUGCGGAAGAAAGCCGUCUUCCUUGACACUCAAUACCGGUCAAUGCCUUAUCCUGAUUAUCGCAUGAAACUCACUCUUUGCCGCUGUAGUAUGCCUAUCAGGCUCGGAUCGUUCAUCAGUCAACACGUCUAUUUCAACAAAUUGCAAAGCUCUCACAAGAAAACCGACAAUUGUUGCCUUUCAUCGACGUCCCAGGCUGCAAAGAAGAAUUUAAAGGGCAUGGCUGGAUUUCUUUUGAAGAACCGAUCUGAAGUCAAAGCUGUCAUCGCACAAGCACGUCGAUGCCAUUUCAUGGGACAAUCAUAUCGGAUCAUCACUCCCUACGACGCGCAACGGGCCAUGAUCGAACAAGUGCUCAAAUCGAGCAACGGAUUGCCGUGGGAAGACAAAGUAUUUUGUGUCGAUUCGUUCCAAGGCAAGCCAUUGACAAUCAACUGCACAUCUCAUGUCCUGAACGAAGGGCUCGCAGGAAACGAGGACGACGUCAUUAUUCUCUCGAUCGUCCGCACAGAAAAGAUUGGAUUCCUGAAAGAGUCGAGACGAGUCAAUGUCAUGUUGAGUCGGUGCAAGCAAGAAAUGCGGAUCUGCACCAGCCGUUCCUUCGUGGAGGGUGUCGCCGCUGACACGCUGAUCGGGAAACUGGCGCUCAGUGUUGGGGAGGAGGGAUGGUACGAAUCGUAG